GCCGAUAAGGAUUUCAAUCAAACAUCUCUAAAUUGAGCAUCCGGUUAAAAGUAUUUCGAAAAAAAUGCUAUGAAAAGCAAUGAUUUUCUUUUAUAUGAACGAAAGAUAUUGUUAAUUUGGAGUUAUGAUAACUUUAUCAAAGAAGUUGAAAUCAGGUGCUACACCUAAGAAGGACGAUGAACCUAAGAGGAUUUCAAUUAGAGAUAAGCUUCUUGUAAAAGAGGUACAAGAAAUGGAAGAAAAUUUACCAAAGACUUGUAAAGUGAAUUUUGAAGAUCAUAACAAUUUACAUUCUUUUAUUUUAACUAUAUACCCGGAUGAAGGAUUCUGGAGCGGCGGAAAAUUUAAAUUUUUAGUGGAGGUUCCCGAAGAAUAUAACAUAGUGCCACCUAAUGUAACAUGUGAUACACGGAUCUGGCAUCCAAAUAUUGGGGAGAAUGGAGAAGUUUGUCUUAGUCUUCUAAGACAGAACUCUAUAGACAGUUUAGGUUGGGCCCCAACUAGAAAGUUGAAAGAUGUUGUCUGGGGUCUUAAUUCACUAUUUUCGGAUUUACUUAAUUUUGAGGAUCCAUUAAAUGUAGAGGCUGCUGAACACUAUGAAAGAGAUAAGGAAUCAUUUAAGAGUAAAGUCAGAGACUAUAUACAAUUGUAUGCUAAAAGAUAGCAUCAUGACAACAACGGCAGUGUGUACUAAAGCCAUAGGGUCAGCAUUUAUCAGACUAGGGGAUUGUUUAUUGUGAAUUUGAAGGCAUUAUAUGCUCAAUGCGCGAGUUGUGUGUUAGCCCAUAAUAUAUCGUAUAUUCAAGCGCAGAUCACAUCUUCAUGUUAUAUAGAUUAUUUGACUAUUGGUGAAGAUUGGAAAUUUAGUUUCAUCAGCAAACUUGGAACAGGAUUUCGUCAAAUUGGCAUUUUGGUACAGAGAGGCAAUGUGUAUUUUGAUCUACAAAAAAUGGGAAAAAAGAUGUAGGAAAUUUAUGCAUGACUUAAGUUCUUAUAGUGCAAAUGUUUCCAA